AUCACUUCUUACGUUUUCUCUCAUCCCAUCAAAUCAUACAAUUUUUUUUUUCUUCUUGUUUGGUCAGAAGAAGAUGGAGUCCGGUAAUAGUAGUAGCAUGCAAUCUUCAAGCGGCGGCGGAGGAGUAGGAGGAGAUGAAGAGUACGAUUCACGCGCCGCCGAUCAAUCCAUCUCCGCUUUCUUCGACCACCACAACCACCACGUGCCAUCUCUUCCUCCGCCGCAACAAAACCACCUCAACCUCCUUCACUUCGACCACAACAACAACAAUUCUCUAAUACCACCAAACUACUUCAACAACAACACGUUCUUACCCGUAAACCAACAACCCGACCCGAUUUCUCAACCCGACCUGCGAACGUUCUCCGCCACGUCAUCACUCCCUCCUCCUAACAACAUAGGAGUAAUCAAGAAAACCAAGAAAAGAUCUCGAGCAUCAAGGAGAGCACCAACGACGGUUCUAACGACGGACACUUCGAAUUUCCGAGCGAUGGUUCAAGAGUUCACCGGAAUCCCAUCUCCGCCGUUAUUCAGCAACAAUUCCGUCGUGAACACCACGCGCCUCAACACUUUUCUCGGCUUGUCUUCUUCUUCACCGAACUCAUAUAACAACAACAAUCUCUUGUUACGACCUUUCGCUCAAAAAAUCCUCCCAACGUCUCCUCUCCUACCCGGAUCACAGAUUCAGCAAUAUCAAAACCCUAGUAACAGUUUCGAGAAUAUGAAUCUACAGUCUCUUCUUCAAGCUCAGAUGUCAAACCCUAGGAGUAAUGAUCACGAUCAGUUUGGUCUUGCCAUGUUGCAGAGUUCAUCUACAACUCCUCCUAUGACGACGACGGCAGUGGAUAAAGGGACCAUAACCACUGGUGAAAAUGGAAGUUACGGUGGUUCCGAUCAUGAUCAUAAUAAUGACGGUACUUGGUUAUGUUCAUCUUCCGACCAAAGAACAUAAAAGUAUAUAUAUAUAUAUAUAUAUUUCUAUUUAUAUAUUUUGUUCGAAAUCAAAGAUAAUAUCUUGAUCUGACUAUUCAACAAAUUAAACAUAGUACAUAGAGGAUCGAU